AUGGCCCUUGCAUCAGUAUCAUCUUCACAAAAGAUUGCACUAAUCACGGGGUCCAACAAGGGCAUUGGUUAUGAAAUUGCUCGGAAAAUUGGAUCUGUCAAACAAGGUGAUGAUGGCGAGAAUGCCUUUGUUUGUAUUCUCGGUUGCCGGAACGAAUUACUGGGGCAAAAGGCUAUGGAAAAACUCAAGGCGGAAGGAAUGAGUGUUGACUUUUGCAAAAUUGAUCUGGAAGACAAAGACUCCAUCACAUCGGCGGCAGCCUACAUUCAAAAAACCUAUGGUGGAAAAUGUGACGUCUUGGUAAACAAUGCUGCAGUAUGUUUCAACGACCCCACUCUGUACGGAAAGGUGAAACAUACGCCGUUCGAUGAACAAGCCGAAAUCACCAUUCGGACCAACUUUUUUGGAACUUUGGCUCUGACUGAGGCCAUGUUGCCACUGCUGGAGAAAUCGGAAUCGGGUCGUAUCAUCAACAUUGCAAGUUCCGCCGGAAGACUCUCUAUUCUACCAUCACAAGAACGAAGGGAUGCCUUUUCGUCGGAAACACUAGAAUUAAAAGAGUUACAAGGUUUCAUGAAGGACUUUGUCAAGGCCGCGAAAGAUGGUACUCACAAAGAACAGGGGUGGCCAAACACUGGUUAUGGGGUUUCCAAGGUUGGUAUCAUCGCCAUGAGCAAAAUCUUUGCACGAAAAUAUCCCAAGAUGAUGAUCAAUACUGUGGAUCCGGGGUAUUGUCAGACUGAUCAAAAUGAUAAUCAAGGGUUUGUCCCACCAGAACGAGGGGCUACCACGCCGUUCCUGUUGGCCACGAUAGAUCAACAUUUCAGUGGCGUUCAUUGGUAUGAAGAACAAGCUAUAGUAUGGUAG